AUGGCGAAUGUGCGUUCGAUAUCCAUGGAUUUCGGCCAGACCCGUGCACGCAGUGUCCUCAAAUUCCGUCGUGUGUCUCAGCCGCCGACGAUGUAUCCUUCAGAUCUGCGACAAGAGCUCAUUUACCGUGACACCCUAAGCUCUCCACCGGAACCACAUGUUCCGUCGGAUCUGCUGGAUCCAACUCUAACCGGAGAUUUCUCUAGUUUAUAUGCUCGGCUGCUCUCUGUUGACCUAUCGGCGGUUGCACAACCUCAACUUCAUCUUACGAGAUCUCAUGGAUGA